UGAUCAGAAAUCUGCGGAAAUGUGUGCCCAACGAGUUGGAAUUUUGCUGGUUAUGUUACAGUUAGCGAUUUUUCCAGGUGGGUAAAGUUAACCUUUUUAUUCUUCCGUUUAUGCGCUUUUAUCUUUUUAUUGAGUUUCGUACAGGUUAAAUCACAGUGUAGUUGGGCUAUUUAACGUUGUUUUGGGUCCUAUGUUUUCGUCUAAAGACUGCGCGUCCAGUUGGCGUCAGUAGGACAAUACCUCAAACAUGUAUCCAUUCACCAUUUUGCCCGCUUACGAUUUUUUUCAUAAAAUAGUUAGAACUUACGAAGUGGAGCCGGAUCCAGACUUAAUCAUUUCACUCAUUUUACCGACUAAAGUCAAUAGACGGAUCAAGAGAGGAUACGGGUUGUAAGAGGAAUUUAUCGAAAAAUAUUUUCCUUGGACUAGUAAAAAAAAUGAUCAGAGUAAAUAUAAACUUAUAUUUUUUUAACGCAUUCGGAGGUCUUAAAGAAUAAUGAGUUCAGUAGAGUUCAUUGUGUAUGUCAGAGGUUGUUAGAAUUGACCGAGUACGUUAAGCAUGGCUUACUCGAUUAGUUCUGUUCACACUAGCAUUUGUACUUUAAUAUGAUAUGCUAUUAUGCUCUCGAUAUGAACCAGUGCAACUGCCAGUCACAAUCAUGAUCAAAACGACGUGCAAGCUACAGUGUGUAAAGUGCUUUAUUCGUCCCGACAAAAUCUGCACUCUCACGACUCAGUACGGUUUUGGUCCUUCGUUAACGGCCAUAUCAUUCACUGAAUAUUUUAAAAUCAUCAAUUUUCUCCUGAACCGUUCUUGUCGGACUAGUCGAACUAAUCCUGCGCCAGGCGGGUGUCUGAUCGUUUCGCUGCAUAAACAUUAGCCAACCUUUAGCCGUCUCGCUUGAUAAUAAAGUAAUUUCGCUAUGAAACCCUUGUCGUUUUGUUGCGUCAGGAAUCGGAUUCCCUUUAUAAUAAAGUCGAGUCGCUUCAUACUUGAUAUUGUUUGUUUCGAUGACAUUUUAUCUGAGCCCACUCUGUUUUCUUUGGAAAAGUAACAGUAACAGUGAUCUCUACAAACCCAGACUCACUUUGCUUCCCUAUUUUCCUGGCGGGUUUGUAGCGGAUUGAUCUGUAGCGAAUACACAAACUUUAUUUAUUAGAAAACUUUAGCUCUUGUAUACGAAAUCCUCAAAACAAUCUUAAGAAACAAAACUACGCGGUAUUAUAUCCCGUGGGAAGAAUACCAUUUCCUGAUACAAGUUGCUGCGAUCGGACGAAUAAUUUAUCUGUUUAAGCUCAGAUCAUAGCAAGAUAGCAUGAGUCGCGUUGCGCAAAAACCGCAGGUUAAUUACCAUAUAAUUACUAUAUAUGUACUUCUGAAAAUGCUCAAAUCCUGCGCGUGAUUUCAUUUUCGUUGAAUGAAUCGGAUUGGUCUAUCCUUACUUUGUAAAUAGUGCACGUUAAUCUUGAGAUGUUUUUGACAAGACUGAAAUAGAUAACCCGUGCCGGAGAUGCUUAUGCAGUGCUCAUUUAUUUGCUUAUCUUAAGAGCGACUUUCUGUAAAUACCACGGAUAGGUGUGCAAGAUGGAAAAAUCGAAAUCCCCCAAACUUUGUCACAACAAAGCCCUUUGGAAACUAUUUUAGAAAAUACAAGACUCAGUUCGUUUGACUCAAUAUUUUCCAAAAUAAUAAUUUUUUUUAAUUUUCACCUUCGAGAGGCCUUCAAACCACCGAAAAAUGUGCUUGAUACCCUCGCUUCGUGAAUGGAAACGGAAACUAAUACCAUAACUUUUCUUACAUUAAACAAUGUUAUGAUCCUUCCUUUCUACCUAAACGUUGUUACAAUUUCAAAAGAUUUCAAUCUGAUUUUUUAAUAUUUUUUCAAAAUUACCUUCUAAAUCAGCAUUAUCGCGACCAUCAAUUUUGCCAUUUUUCAACGGCGAAAAUCCCUUCCUGGUACAUGGCUUUCAUUAGAAAAAUGGUAUUCCAGAGAAAGAGCAAUGUUUCCCCUAUCAAUCUGUGAAAUAAAAUUCUGGGGCAAUUGAAAUUGCGAGUUUUUACAACGGAAAACAUUUACGGGACUCGCGUGAUUUACGACCUCUGAACUUGCAGUUGUCGUGAUGAAUACAAGCGAGAACCUAGACAGCACUUGAAACCCUGACGCAAAUUAGCCCCUUUUCCGCCAGUUUAAACACCAAAAACGAUUUUAGAUUUCACAGUGGUAAAUUUUCAAAAGGAAAAGCAAUUUUAUUGUGCGAAAGUGUGCUAUGAACUUCUUGACUACAAACACUUCCCUUCCGUGCGUAUUUGUUUACUUUUGCCGUACACAUAUGUACAAAAUGGCUAAUAGUGUCGGUAGCUAUUCUUUGAAAUGCUCUCAUUUCUCAUGAACCAAAUCGUUAUAGCUAUAAAAAAAGGAAAACAUUUUGACCUACCUCACAUUAUUUGACAACAGACCCGAAUCCUUUACUGCCUUUAGCGAAACGAGAUUGCGUGACAAAGAACUUUGAGACCCAGGUUAUACCGCGCAGACAGAUAUUAUUCCGAAAAAGAAACUCACGCGGCACCUUCUGUAGCUAUAAAAGCGAAACAUGUAAACAAUCAAAAUCCUUAGUUUCGUUGACUUAUCUGCCAGAGCGACCCUGCAAACGUAACACUAAAAAAAUAUUUUUUCGUCAAAAGACUAUAUAGGGGUGCGCCCUUAUACAGUGGAACCGCGAUAUAAAGAACCUACGAAUGAUUUUCUUUACCUCGAUAAUAGUAAAAUAUGCCGUAAAACCUAUAUUAAAGCCCCCUGUCAAAUAACCCCCCUCCCUCUGAUUAGCCCCCCCCCCCCUUCUAUCAAGCACCCGCUUCCCACCCGUAAUUAUUCUUCACUAAUAAAUGAAAGACUGUAUUAAUCAAUCACGACCGUAAAGGCUUCGUGUUGACUGAUCCGGGAUUGUUUAUUUACCAACGGGAAGUUCGCAUUUGAUAAUGAUUUUCGACUGCGUGACCUAAAACUUCCGGUACUUGAGAUUUUCCACUUUGUAGGCUUUAUGGAGAAGCGAUACCAUCUUAGUUUCUAAAUUUUAAAAACAUAUUAAGCCCCCCGUUUCUAUUAAGCCCCUCCCCCUCAAAUGAGCUUGAAAUAAUAAGCCCCCCGGGGGAGCUUAAUAGAGGAUUUACGGUAUGAAAAAAAACCUCGAUAUAACGAAACCUCGUUAUAGCGAGCAAAUUUCAGGGGCACUCAACGACUCUUUUCUGUAAAAUAUAUCAUGGGAGAAGUAGAUAUUGCCUAGAAUUUUCUAUAGCUUGAGGACGCCUAAAAAUUUCUAGACGACCGUUCCGUUCCUGUUCAAUUUUCGAAGGUUAUCUUAUAAAUUCCCUACGAUUUUCUGAAGUUUAAUUUUUCAAAUUUUGCAUCCCAGGUUAGGCUAAUUUUUCAUAGAAAAGAGGAAGCCUAAAAUGGUCGGAUUCAAACAUGUGAUUGAGAGAGGAAUCAGAAAAAUUCUCACUUUCGUGAUACGUUAAAUUGCAUCUAAAAUUUUUGGGAAAAUAAUACUGAAGCCCUUGUAAUUUCAAAAAUGCUCAAUGCAAGUUUACAAGCCGCUUAGAAUACAUUUCUAGAGAUCUAAAAGUACUCUGGGUGCACCAUUGAAAAAUGUUUUCAAUGAAUUUAGAAGGAAACCGUCGUUGGGUGGCUCAGAAAUUUUUUUCGGCCCUUGGCCCUUCGUUAAAUCGAGGUUCCACCGUAGUCUUUUGUUUUCAUCACGCUCGUUUUAAAAUACGAUUAUGAAUUUCUUACUUGUAUUCUUAGGAAAAAGCGCUAAGUCGUAGUCUAAAAUGUCAUCCGUCCCUUCCCUCCACCCCCUAAGGGGCCACAGCAGGUUUCGGGGUGGGGCGAAGGCACGCAAAACAUUUCAGACUAGACAUGGCGGGGCUAAAAAACCUGCAUAACCUUAUAGCACCUCUUGUGUUUAAAUUUUCGGUAGUUCUGGCAAACUCGAACAAGUUUUGCAUUUCUGAGGAACGUUUUGCCAAAAUAUAGGUUAUGGCACAUGUCAAGCCAGAAAAAGUGAGCAGUUUGACAGAAAAUGUCAAGUACGACUGAACAACGCCCGUAAAAGCGCCCCUAAUGACUCGGGCGGGAGGGGGAGGCAGGGUGGGGAGGGGAAACUCCGAAAUUGAGCAAAGAGGACCUAGCUCUAAGCACACCGCCUGCUUUUUAGUUGUCCGUUUCCCUUGGCAAUAAAUUUUAACCACAGUGUCGAGCAACUCUUUAAAGGAGAUUGCAAGCCCUUAUAUUUGGGCCCGUCAGGAACGCUCAGCGGUGAAACCAAAGAUCGCGCCCUCAAAAAUCUUAUUUUAACUUACUGAAAGCUGUUUUUUCUUGACCUGUUUAACUUAUCGUUAGGAAAGAAGAAAAGGAAUCUCAUAGAUAGCGUAUGUAUAAAACUAUCAAGAAAUCACGAAAUUCUGGGUUUUCUAAGAGAACAAAUACUUUCGAAAAAUUUAGGAGAAAGUCCGUGGACUGGAAAUAACUCGCUAUCAAUUAUCCCGAAGAUAUCCGAAAAUCUCACUUUUCAAGCCCACGUUAAUUCGCUUCAUUUUUGAAGGGAGCCAACAUUAGCCGCGCCACUGUUAUUUUUUUGCGCCUGGGUAUCUCACGUUAUGCUUACGCGUAUCCGCAAGUGUGUCUUACAUCCUACGCUUACGUAAAGGUUAUAUACCUGAAACGAUGGGGUAUGUGAUAUAUUCACCUGGUACCGCCCCGAGGGCUACGUGUGUAAGACUGUUCCUUUUCAGAUUUUCAAUAGCAAUGCAAAAAACAAUAGCUUUUAGUUAGUGCGAACGGCCUUUCCUUCUCUUUUAUUUUCGUUUCCUUUUUUUCUCAAAAAACGCAGUUUUUUUUUCAAGGUGCGAGGGGCGCGAUCAUUGGUUUCACCGCUCCAGCGUUCCAGACGGACGCAACUAUACGGCUUGCAAUCUUCUUUAAAGAGUUGCUCAAAAAUAUGAGCGAAAUUUAUCUCCAAGGCAGACUCACAGCUAAAGCGCAGACGGUAUGGUUAGACCUAGGUCCCCUUCGCUCCAUUUCAAAAUUCCCCCCCCCCCUGCCAGAAUCAUUAGGGGCGCUUAUACGGGCGCGGUUCAGUCGUACUUGACAUUUUCUAUCAAACUGCUCACUUUUUUCUGGCUUGACAUAAGCCUAUAUUUUUCCCAAACGUUGCUCAGAAAUGCAAAACUUGCUCGAGGUUCCCAGAACUACUGAAAGCUUUGCUUUUAACACCAGAGGUGCCCUAAAAUUAUGCAGGUUUUCUAGCCCCGCUAUGUCCAGUUUGAAAUGUUCUGCGUUUCUUCGCCCCACCCCGAAACGGGCUGCCGCCACUUAGGGGGUGGAGGGAAGGACGGAUGGCAUUUAAGACUAGGAAUUAGCAGUUUUUUCCCCUAAAUGUCAUUUUUCUAAGGAUACAAGUAAGGAAUUCAUAAUCGUAUUUCAAAAUGUGUAAGCAGGCGUUUAUGGAAAGUAACAGAAUAUAUAAGUGCCAACCACUUCAUAGUCUGUUGUGGAAAAUAUGUUUUUCAGUCUUACGUUUUCAUAAUCGCUCUAGCGGAUAAGUCAGUGAAACUAAGGAUUUUGAUAAUUUACAUGUUUUGCUUUUAUAGUUACAGAAGGCACCGCGUGAGUGUCUUUUUCGGAAUGGUAUCUGUCUUCAACGGACCGUCUUCAACCUGGGUCUUAAAGUCCUUUGUCACGCAAUCUCAUUUCGUUAAAGGCAGUAAAGGAUUCGGUUCUGUUGUCAAAUAAUCUGAGGUAGGUCAAAACGUUUUCCUUUUUUAUAGCUAUAACGAUUUGGUUCAUGAGAAAUGAGAGCAUUUUAAAGAAUAGCUACCGACACUAAAGCCGUUUUGUAGAUAUAUGAUAACUGUUACAGAUACGGUAAAAGUAAACAAAUACGCACGUAAGGGAUGUGUUGUAGUCAAGAAGUUCAUAGCACACUUUCGCACAAUAAAAUUGCUUUUCCUUUUGAAAAUUUACCACUGUGAAAUCUAAAAUCGUUUUUGGUGUUUAAAUGGACGGAAAAGGGGCUAAUUUGCGCCAGAGUUUCAAGUGCUGUCUAAGUUCUCCGCUUGUAUUCAUCAAUACAACUGCAAGUUCAGAGGUCGUAAAUCACGCGAGUACCGUAAAUGUUUUCCGUUGUAAAAACUCGCAGUUUCAAUUGCCCCAGAAUUUUAUUUCACAGAUUGAUAGGGGAAACAUUGCUCUUUCUCUGGAAUACCAUUUUUCUAAUGAAAGCCAUGUACCAGAAAGGGAUUUUCGCCGUUGAAAAAUGGCAAAAUUGAUGAUUGCGAUAAUGCUGAUUUAGAAGGUAAUUUUGAAAAAAUAUUAAAAAAUCAGAUUGAAAUCUUUUGAAAUUGUAACAACGUUUAGGUAGAAAGGAAGGAUCAUAACAUUGUUUAAUGUAAGAAAAGUUAUGGUAUUAGUUUCCGUUUCCAUUCACGAAGCGAGGGUAUCAAGCACAUUUUUCGGUGGUUUGAAGGCCUCUCGAAGGUGAAAAUUAAAAAAAAUUAUUAUUUUGGAAAAUAUUGAGUCAAACGAACUGAGUCUUGUAUUUUCUAAAAUAGUUUCCAAAGGGCUUUGUUGGGACAAAGUUUGGGGGAUUUCGAUUUUUCCAUCUUGCACACCUAUCCGUGGUAUUUACAGAAAGUCGCUCUUAACUUCUUCUAUAUUUACUUGGCAAAGGUUGCCCAUCGCGCCAAGGGAAAUCAAAAAUACUACUUCUACUUCUUCUAUAUUUAUAAUUUCUAGUUUCUUUUUAGGAGUUUAUUUCUUUUCGCUUUUCCUUUCAGCUACUAUUAGUGUUGCAUUCACUCUUCAACGUUACAACUGUCCCAAAAGCUACACAUUCACAAACGCGCGCCUUGAGGGAGGACUUAAGGCCGGUCACUUUAGGAGACUCGGUCCUCCAGAUGACACCGAGCUAUGCGUCCAGCGGUGUUGCGAUCAAAGAUCAUGUGACCUAGUUGCAUGGGUGGGUGAACACUGUUACUCAGUCUCCUGUGUGAGCCGUGAGAUGUGCAAACCUGUGCGGUUACCAAGCUAUGAGAAAGGCAUGAGGCUGUUAUACAUUGCAUCAAGGGAUGAUGCAGAAGAUGAAGGUACAGUUUUAACUGGUUUUAUUUUGAAUAUUUCGAGCUUUAAGGACGGGUCGUUAGAAUUAUUCAUCAUUUUAAGCAUAUUGAAUCUACAAUCGGCAGAAAGCCCGUCAAGAAUUGCUUAUGUGUCGUUUUUAGUCUUUGUGACCUGGUUACAUCAUGUAUUACUUGAAAAUUGUUAUGAUUCCUAACAGCCGAUAUUUUUUCGAAAUUUUCGAUGUACUUUUGUGAGAGAAUGUUAAAAAUGGACCAAAAUUAUUGAAAGAGGGGCGCUAAAAUGUUCAAAUAGUAAUAAAAAGGGGAACAUUGGUAAUUUAGUACUUUAAUCUCGUUAAAAUUUGGAUUAACUAUUGGUAAUGUUGUAAAUUGAAUUUUGUUAGAUUUUCGAAAAACAUGCGUGUUUAAAGUGGUUUAAUAUACCAUGGAAUAGUUACUUAAGUUACAAAAUGUUUCCAGACGAAAUUUGGAAAAAAGUUACUAAUUUACGUGGCUAUUACUUAAAGGGAUUUCAAGUAAUAUAAACGUUCAAAGUCAGACAGGCAGAUUCCUCCCUCUACCCCCUCCCGGUCUGGAUGGUGAAGAGUGUCCACAAUUAGUACACCAUGAUGUUUAUUAUCAAGUUAGGGUUUUAAACCGACUUGCUACUGAGGUUGAUAACGAUCAAAGUAAUGUUCAGCCUUAUUGUUCUCUUGGAUUGAAAUAAUUUUCUUUGCAUACAAAUCAUGUGCUUUUGUCUGUAUUUAGUCGAACCCAGCCGAAGGGAAGUAAAUGAUGUUCUCCGUUUGACGAGCCCCGACGAAGUAACUCAAGAGCCUGCGCGCUCAGAAUCCAGCAAUCGCAUCACAAGAAUAAUACGCUCGCUUGAAGAAAUGGAAGAUGAAAGAAGCUCUGGUUUGACAAAACGAGCUCCUUCCGCUCACGAAAAAGAAAUUGUAUUUAGCGGAGAUUAUUACGAGCACAACUCGGAAACAAUGCAGUUCAGAAUGGACGGGACUUCUGGCGAGGACGAAGGAGACUGGGAAGGAGGGUUAGUUGGCGAAUCAGGAGAUGAGGAUGAUGACGCAGCUGAUGACAUCAUUCAAAGCCACUCCCACGGAGUGACUGCAGUAAAGAGAACAGAGAUGGCAACUGUGGUUGAUCCUCGCACAAUAGAGGAUAUUGAAACAUUUCAUGAAGAAAAUAGUUCAGGAGAAUCUGACAAAAGAGUAGAAGGCGGCCCUGGUUUUUUAGGUGGCUCAGGAACUAGCAGCUCAGCAGGGGUAUCGCUAAAGGAUGAUAUAGAUCAGAGUUCAAGCGGAUCUGGGCUUCUAAUUAACAAGACAAUCAUGCACGAGGUACAGCGAAACUUACAUAAAGUGUGGCGCUACGCCUCUGCUUCUAAAAACCUUGACAUGGUGGCUAAAGGCCCAAAAGGAAAAGAAGAGGAGAAAACAUUACAAGAAAUUUACAACUUGUUAAUAAAACAUGAGUCGCGUUCAACUUCCUCGGCAUUUGAAGGACCGAAGAACCCUAAGGAAGCCGAGUCUAGUGAAAUCGAUGAACUCAGCGAAAUAAGGAUGGAUUUUUCAGGAGAAAGCGGGAAUUUGUCAGAUGAAAAAUAUGAUACGGGAUCUAACGGCUCAGGUGAAAAAAAUCACGAGAAUGUAGUACAGGAAUCUGAGGUGGGAGCUUUCUCAGGGGAGGGGACUGGAAAUGAGGGGAGUGGGUUGGAUUUCUCCGGGGAAAGUAGCAGUGGAGCAGGAGUUGUCAACAAGAAACUUUUGAAGGAAGUUGAACAUAACUUGCAUAAAGUGUGGCGGUACGCUUCGCCUAAAAAGGACUUGGAUAUGGUAGCCAAAGGACCAAAGGGAAAAGAAGAGGAGCAAAAGGUCAAAAAAAUUUAUAACAUUGUCACUAAACACGAAUCUGGUUCGGCGUUCAUUGAUUAUGAAUUGCAACAAAAGCAAAAAUCUGUAAAUGAUAGCCCAAACAAUCAAAAGGACAGCCAUCGUCGUAAAAGUCGAAAAAGCAGAGUAAAAAUAGGUAAAACAGGGUACAAUAUCACCGAAGCGAAAUUGUACAGGCUUCAAAAAAACAGGAAGAACAAGUACAACAAGAAUCUAAAACGUCUGCAACCCUGGGGACUUGGAAUGGGGAAGCAAGCUUCGGUUAAGAAUAAUAAAGGAAAGUAUACAAAACAGAUGGGAAGGAAUGAAGGGGACAAAAAAAAUACUAAGCUUGCUAUUCUUGGACAAGAGAUGAAAGAAUUAGCUCCGAGUAGUGAAAACCAGGGGAACACGAAUAAUAAAGAAAACAGUAAAGGAAAAAUGACUAAAGAUGAAACAGCACCAAAAGGCGUGUUCAAGUUACAAUCAGAGUUAGACGAAGAAACGCACGAUAAGUCAAACAAAUCUAAAGGUCAUAGCGUGUUACUAGAUAAAAAUAAAUCAUCGGACAAAACGUUUCAGAUCGGAAGAAAGGUAGAGGAGUUGAUCCUGAACAGAAUUGCAGAACUUGAGGCUCAAAGAAUAAGUAAGAAAGUAAAAGAUAAGCAGCAUCAUUUGAAGGACAUUCAGGAAGAAACGGAUAGGGAAGAGAACUUGAAGAAAGAGGCUCAGAAAGGUAAAUGUAACUCUCACAUUUUUUGCCUCAAAAAAGAUUUCUUUUGAGCCGAAUUUCUUAAUAUUUUUUACUAAUACAACAGAAAUCGAGUGCGAGUACAACCUUUGAAUUUCAGGCCAGUUAUAUCGCCAGAACUUUCAUUCUUUUACGUCGAUGACUAGCGCAUAAGGAGACAAAAGAGAUAAGGUUGGUGUGACGAGUGAUUAUCGGACAUAAACAAAUUAGUUUGAAAGAGAGUUACAGCGUUGACGGCUCACACGUGUGUUGCAUUUGCUCACACAGCAAAAGAGUGCCUUUUCCCCAAACCCCAUGUGCAUCGCACAAUAGUUAUUUUGGCCUCAAUGUAAUUUAAUGUAAUUGCGUUUGAAACGUUUUCUUCUUUUUUAGCUAAACCGCAACUCAAAGACGACAAGCUUGUAACAGAACUGGAGAAAUUAAAAUUCUUGAACGGACCUUCCACCGUUUAUAACAAGAGUAGAUUUGUGUACCUCAAACAGUGUGGACUGUAUGUAGAGGAAUACAACGUAUCCAAGGUAAGGGAUUUGUUUCACUCAAAGCGACGGUGAAGCACAUCAAUUACUGACCACGCUUGUUCGGUCAAUAUAUAUAGGGCUGGAUGUUAGGCAAGUUGUUCUUGCCUUUUUAUGGACCAAGACAAAGUCCAUCCAGGUCGAUAAAAACGAAAGCGCAAAAAAGACGGCGGCCAGUAUCUAGCCAUCUUAAGCGAACAAGCUUGGUCAACAAAGGAUUUAUCAGGGAAAUUCCUAGAGGGCAAGAUGGGCUCAUCUUUCCUGCUUGGGUAGCCAAUCAGAACACAGGCCUAGGGUUCCGGUGCUUCAUCUUUCCUGCUCGCGUUACCAGCCAUAUAAUCUAUAACAGUUUUUAAUUUACUAUUCAGUCGGACCAUAUUAAUACGACAGCAUUUUUCGUGUCAGUCUAAGGAAGUCCUAUUUACCGAUUUUGAUUUAAUUACUUGACACUUCUAUCCAAAGAGAUAACUAAGUGAUGAAUAAUUAAGUCAAAAAGCAAAACCGUUAAUUGUAUAUUGUCCUGUUUCCUUUCAGACCCGAGCUUCUUGGAACAACGAUUUAUUCUCGCCUUAUUCAUAUCUUUACGAGAUGCCUGAGAAUUACCACACUUGCAAUUCCUCUCUAAGGAUGAACAGCACUGAUCUACGAGGAGAUGUAUUUUUGAGCUUCCAGGUCAUGUCUAUAAAAGGAAGUACCAUGAUCAACAAUGCUAACAUCUGUGAGAAGUACUGUUGCCAAGAGCCCCGCUGCCAGGCCUGGACACUAAGAUUGCAACAGGCAGACACCGCUAACUGUCCCAAAGGUAAGUAAUGCUUUCUACAUGUCAAUGGAAAAUGUCAGAAUGCAAUAAGAUUAACCCAGAAACAUCUGGGAACUCUCAAGAGCACGAGCUGAACAAGUGUUAUCAGAAAUAAAAACUAAGCGACGACUCCAUGAUAGGAAGACUGAACACUUCAAGGCCCUAAUUAAAAAUGACCACUCGUCAGCUGUUGCUGACCUGAUGUCAAUGCCACCGGACAUGACAUUAAAGAUGGGUUAGUUUUCAAGAUCGCAAGAACGAAAUUACAAAUGACAAAUGGCGAGACGCUCUUACCAUCACACCACCUUUACUCAUCUCCUCCGUGCGUACAUGCUCUUGGUGAUUAAACCUUUGAUGAUGUGUCUUGUAGUAUCGGAACAGUUCCAUCAAUCUUUUCAAAUGUCAUACAUUGCAUUCAAAGAAGCAGCAACUUUAUUGUUAACUGGUGACUUUGAAAACUCCUUGCGUGACGGGAACAUCUUUGUGUGGAGCCUAUUUAUUUGGUAGAGAGCUUUAAACCACCUUAAACGUUUUUAUUUUUACUUGGACUUGUUGAUUGGUUAUUUCUUCGUUUUGCUAAUGACUGUUAUGAUGAUCGCUCAAAAUGGUUCUUUCAAUUCAUCAUUGCUACAGGAUCGUAUUGCUGCUGGCUUAAAAGCGCAGUACCAACACCCCUCCGUGAGUCAGAACAUUGUACAUCCGGGAUAGUGCAUCGGGAGAGCACCAAACAUCCGCCGUCCGGUAUGCGAUCCGCGGUGCCUCUAGGAGGACUGGGCACUGGUUCUUUUGAGCUUCGCGCAGAUGGGACUAUUCAUGAAUGGACCAUAGAGAACCAGUCUCCCGGUGGCUCAGCAAAGCUUAACAAAGGGGCACUGAACUUGGCUGUAUUUGGCGUAAGAGUAGCGGAUGGCGAGAAGAGUAAGGCUUCGCUUCUGAGGAUCCACGCUCCACAUGGGUACCCUGGUGUGGAAAGUUUGUCAUACUCAGGGUCGUACCCGGUCAGCAAACUGACUCCAGGUAAUUGACUUUUAUACAUGGCUAGAGACCUUUAGGCUUAUCAGGGGAUUCUGGGUAAUCCCAUUGGGUGGUUACACGAAUAUGCGGAAAAGUCGUUAAAUUAAAGCCCUUCAAUUCAGCUUCUUUCUUAGACUUUAACUAGUCUAAGAUUUUAUCUGAUUUAAUCGCGUUCAUCAGACGACGUCAUAGUUGCCGUCGAAGUCUGAGCAUUUACCGUUACAGCGAAUCGGCGUCAAAAUGGCCGCUAGCGGAGAAGAUAUAAGGUGAAAACAUAGUACAUAACAAUUGUCCCGUACCUGAUUGUCUAUUAUUAAUCUGUUUUUCUAAAUAUUCUAAACUGCCAUAUAAUUCUUUAUCUGUACCCUCUGAUUACACUUACUGCAUCCUGUGCCAGUAAAGAAAUAAGCUGCGCCAAACUAGUAUAGAUAUUGCAUGUUACAAAGCUAAGUACAGUGUAGUGGCGUUUUUGUUAAUUAAGCCUAGCUGCAGUGGUGCACAGCAUUUUUUGAUCUCGUAUGUUCUUUCCACGACCAAUCAGCAAAUUAGUUCAUAGUUAAGUCUCAGUGGAUUAGAUGCUGGAGAUGAAUUUCUAUUGUGCUAUCCCGUGUUGGCGUUUAUUUACUGAUUUCCUACAGAACUGAAAUGAAAAAUGCGUUGAAAAAACUUGACAUAAUGAAAGGGAAACGGUCGCCUGUUCUGAGUACAAUAAAAAGAAAAAGUCUAAAAAUAAAUUGUGGAGUAAGAACCUCCAGGCUGAAAAUUUGAUCACGAAUUCUCUAUUGUACUAAAAAAACUGUUAUAUGAUAUCAGUCUGCUGCCGAACGCCAGUUGUUCACAGUAUUGGAUAUGUUGUAUGUACAGUAAUGACUUUCUUAGCCUUGUUAACUGCAAGAAAGCACAAAGAUUAUAGAAGGCGUAAAACCUAGAAAAAGAAUGUUCAUAAAUACUCCAUAAACUCAUGUUAACGGCUACAUAUAGCUAGGUUAAUGGCUAGAAAGAUGAAAAGCACUGGAUCAUAAGUUAUUUAAAUUCAUUUCACCGUACAGUAGCUUUAUAUUGUUAAGUAAGUUAAUUGUAGAAUGACUGAGCGAGUAUUUUUUUGAGGGAAAAGUGCUUUCCGUAGCAGUUUUGGCAAAAAUCACUUUAAUUUUCGUUUUGCUUACAUAAUACUGCUUUGAUUAGUCGUGCCACUUCAUUUCGAAUGUCUUUCAUUCUCCAUAAAUAAAGAACAGGAUUCAACGAGGACGACAUAAAUGCCAGCAAAAAUGAGAAGUUUAAUAGUGGCACCGUCUCUUUCUCAUAGUUUAGAACUGGGAUUAAUCCAAAACUAAUGGCUAUGGGCAGGUAGCAAAUAAGGAAUAUCGCUAGGAUGUAGAGAAUGGUGAAGACAGAUUUCUUGUACUUGACCAUGUGCAUUGCUGGUUGAGCAGCAUUUUGGGACAAUUCGCUCAAGUAGAUUUGUUGCUGAUGUGCGCGAAUUAUUUGGAAAACUUUGAAGUAAGCAAGUGAGGUUAUAAAAAGGCAAAAUAUCAACGAUAAAGAAUUUGCAACAUUUACUGCAAUAUUAAAUGGAAUAAGUACGCGGCACACUGCAAACGGAAAAGGUAAAGGCAAUAACAUGGCAAUCGCGAUAUAUGUACGACGCACUGUGACUAGGGAUCGACGAGACAUGUGUAGCCAUCGUUCAACUGACAUGAUUGUUAUUAUUAACAUUGUGAGGGUACCAAAGUAGGAGCCAAUACCAUUGCCCACCAUUCCUAAUGCUAAAUACGUUCGAGGCGAGGAACUUCCAUUGAAUGUAUUGAAAUCUUUCCCCACUUUUCCAAAUGCAUUUGCGUCUGUUACGUAAAGGGGCUGACUGAUAAGUCCCGUUCCAAAGUCAGUGAAAGCCAAUGCAGCCAGGAGAAUAUACGAGGGUUUUCUGAGAGACGAAUUCUUCAAAAAAUGAUUGAAAUUGAUUGAUUCCCAAAAUGAUUGAAAUGCAAAGCAAGAAUGGGCGAUAGUGUUCGGUCAUUGUAGCAAAGGUGCAGAUACUCCGCUAUAUUUUUCCCACUAUGUUGUAACCAAUUCCCUCAAUGCCGUCAAACAACAAAUAAAUGUAAACUUUGAUUCUACUGAAGGGUGCAGAAGUUGCUCUGCAUCUUGUCUUCUUGCAUCAGAAGAUGCCGGUGAUUUCGAAGUCAAUCAUAUUUUAACUUUGUCCUCUCUGUGCAAGCUUCUUUUUUUUCUGAUUUUUAGUAAUUCACUUAGUUUUUUAUCAACCAAUCUUGGUGUGAUGUAAAUUCUGUUUCAAGCAAACAACUCCCAACUUAAGAGAUGCUAUCCAAUGAUCUUCCAUCCUCAAUAUUGGAAACGUCAUUUAAUUUAAAUUUUGUUUUGACUAUUCGCUUACUUUUUAGGAGUGUUUUUUUAUAUUUGUUUUUGUGUUUUUGUUUCGUACUAUGAUCAAGUCGGAACGUCAGCAGAUAGUAAUUAAUUUAAACAGAAGCGAACUGUCACUCGGGUCGACCUUUAAAAAACGACAAUAAGCGACUUAAUAAAUUAUUAAGUUCUAAGGUAUUAGUAAAGGUUGCUGUAAGUUAUUGUACGUUACUUUCUUUUUUGCUUCAUCACCAGAGUGAUGUAAGAAAUCGAAAGAAGAGUCUAGAUUGUUUUUGAAGAAAAGCAUUGUUGAAGUUGUCCUCACGCUGUGUUAUUUUUUUCUCCGUUGGUUCUUUCUGCAAGGAACAAGGAAAUAUGUUCUUUCAUGGCGCCGUUGCAUUUAAUCUCAGUGGUCAAGGAAACAAUAGGUGACGUGCUGAUGAUAAACCUGUCGUUGAACAAACCGACCUGAGCUUGUUUUGAUCUUUAUUUGUUCUCUUCUUGUCGGUGAUUUAUUGGUUUUCAUAGACGCUGGAAGUUGAAGUAUUGAAACAACAAGACUUAAUCAAGACGAAUGGGGAGGCACUACUUGUUUACAUUCAGUCUGCAGCACUAUUGUGGAAAUAUUCUGUGUGAGGAAAAAUUCAUCGCUCAAAUGUUUCCAAUACCUUAAUUAACAAACGGCUAGAAGCAAAAAUGAUAAAAAUUGAAGUUACCCACAGGCCGUGCCGAGUUUUCAAUGUAGGUUUGUCAGUGAUGGUUGACCAUGAAUGAUGGAUUUAAAUAAAUAUUUGUUAUGAAUAUUUCCUAAGUCACUUUGCCUUUUUGGAAAGUGCAUAUGCUCCAUACAAGAUUUAUGCAAAAUGUACGGUUUUAAUUUAAUAUUCGUUGGGUGUACAAGAUAUUGCUCUAAGUAGUCGUACAACUUCAUUUCGGAUAUGUGCAUGUCAUUCUCCACAAAUAAAGGCCAGGAUUAAGCGAGGAAGAAAUAAAUAACAAAAUUACUGAGGCGUUGUAUAAUCGCACCGUUUCUUUUUUAUAUAAGAGAACUGGCAUUAAAACCGAGGAAAAAAUGGCCAUGGGCAAGAAGCAAAUAAUGAAUAUGGCAACAAUAUAGAGAAUGGUGAAGACAGAUUUUCUGUACUUGGCCAUGCGGAUUGCUGGUCGAGCAGCGUUUUGCGCGAAUUAUUCGAAAAACUUUAAAGUAAGCCACUGAGGUUAUAACAAGACAAAAAAAGCAAGAAGAAAGCACUUGUAAGAGCACGGCACACUGCUAGUGGAAUCGGUAAAGGUAAUAACACUCCAACAGCAAUGUAAGCUCGACGCACUGUAACCAGAGAUCGAUAAGAUAUGUGUAACCAUCGUUCAAUUGACAUGGUUGUUAUCGUUAAAACCGUGAGGAUAACAAAAUAGUUACCAAGGCCAUCAACCAUUUGUUUUAAUAUUGAAUACAUUCGAGGCCAGGUCGUCAUAUCGAUCAAUUUAAAAUCAUCUUCCUCAAUGUCGAAGUUAAACACAACGUAAAGGGGCUGAGUUAUAAUCCCAGUUCCAAAGUCAGUAAAAGCCAUUGUAGCCAAGAGUAAGUUAGUGGGUGUUCUGAGAUCAGAAAAUUAAGCGACAGAUCGGCUAUCAGUGAGAUAAUUCUUUAAAUUUUUUUUAAAAACAAAUAUAAAAGGAGAGCUAAUUAGUGAAAUAGGGAACGAAUUCCAGAUUUUAGGUCCUCGGUAAAGGAUACUGAAUUGCUUUAUAUUUGUUCUACAAAAAUGAGGUCUAUACUGAGAGGCUAGUCGGGUUUCGUAUUGAUGGACUUGAUUACUACUUAAGAACGAUUCACGAAAGCUACUAGGCAAAAGAUUAUGGUGAUAAGAAUACAUAAAAGUAGCGACAGAAAAUGAAUUAAUACUAAAUAUGUCAAGGACUUUAAGCUGGCUAAAUAAAGGGGCUGUAUUUGCUAGAUAGUGAGCUUUUGUUAUGAGCUGCACUAGACGCUUUUGCAAAAGGUAAAUACAGUUUAGGUUGGAACAGUAGGUGGAGGACCAAGCGACAUUACAGUAUGUUAAGAAAGGAUAUACGAGGGAGUAAUACACAUUUUAUUGUCCCUUGUUACCCGAUCAAGUAAUUGCUGAAAAGAUUCCAGGAAUUCAUGCAAAUUAGCAGAGAGGAGGACGAUAAACUGUACCGAUAAUAAAGUUUUUUUCCAUGUGGAUUUUCGAUUUCAACAAAAACAGAGUCAAAUAAGGCGGAGUUUGACGAGCACAAAUCAGACAUAAUGUUAAAGUUGAAAGUGUCGCGUAAAUAAAGGCCUGCGCCUCCACCAAGCCUACCCACUCUAUUCGAUGAGAUAAAACGAUAGCCAAUAAUGUUUACAUAAUCUUCGUUAAUAUCAAUUAGCCACGUUUCUGAGAUACCUAUAGCUGAAAACUCAUGCUGCGAAGAAUCUAAGAGUUGGGUAAAUUUGACAAAAUUUUUAAGUAAGCUACGAGCAUUUAAAUACAAAAGGGAAAAAUUGAUAGCAUCCUUCCUAUUACCAGUUAGGUCAUAUAGUUCUGGCUCGUUAUAGUAACUACCUUUAGAGUGUAAGAUUUAGAAAAUUACUAUCUGGAUCAAUGUCACUGGAUAUUACAGUAUUGCAAUUACUUAUCGGGUUAAAGUAUAGGCAUUCUAAUCUAUCAUUAUUAAAACGCACUGGGUCGUGAGCUAAGUUAUAAAGGGCAAGAUUUUAAAGACACAUCGUCAAGAUGAUUAAAAGGAAAUUCGCUCAUAUUAGCAAGGAAUUGACGAGUCAACUUAUCUGAGUUAAACUAGAUCGAGGGUCUGUCUUUGAUUAGCAAUUUAUCCAACAUAAAGUAGGCAAUCUUUCCGGCUUGCUUUGCUUGUUUUAGUUUUGGCAGUUGAUCUUUACGCCUUUGAAGAGUUUCAGCCGCAAGAUUCAACUUCAACUUCAACUUCAACUUUAUUUCGUAAGACUAUUGGUUACAAUAGACUGGCCCGCAAAAUAGCAAUUGCUAAUCUAGGCGGACCAGUUAAAAGAAAAUAAAUUGCAAGGAAAAGAAAGGAAAGGAAAAGGAAGGAAAACUACAAACAAAUACUUUAAUACAGAAAUCACUAAACUAUUAAUCGAACUUUUUCAACUAUUAAGGGCGUCUCAAUAUAGUCAUUUCUCUUUUUAAGAUAUCCGAAAACAAUCUGUGAAGUACUUUCCUAAAUUUCUUUUUAGGAAGAUCUCUAAUAUGACAAGGCAAGAUCUUCAGUGACAAACAUUCCUUCUGGCUUUAGAAUCCUCGCGGCCUUUAAUAUUGGAUCCUUUUGCUUCCAGCUUACCAGGCGACAAAUAACUGUGCGAGGACGCGUAGAUGAAGCGUUGUCGUCAGAGCGCCGAUUAACUUUACCAGUACGAUGAGCUCGCUCGAUUUCCACCUUGAAAGGAAGAUUGAGUUUGAAUUCUAGCGCCGCUUUAGCUUUACUUUCAGUGUCUUCCUAAGUUUCAUCGGGUUCCUCAGGGAUUUCAUCAAUUCUAAUGUUGUUGCGACGGCUCUGGUUCUCGAGAUAUUCCAUCUUGUCACAAUGGAAAUCUACCUGGGCUUAGACUUCUUUCAGCUCUUUUCCAAUCUUAGUCAUCUGCUUGGUUACUGGUUUUAGGUCUUCAUCGUCUUUCUGGGUGAACUGUAGGCUAGAUUUUAGCUCAGCCAGGUCUUUGCUUAUAUAUUGCGACCUUCUACUGCUUCCUACUUGUCUCCUCAGCCGAUUCAGGUUCAGUUUAAGAGGCAUGCGUCCGAUUCAACAGGACGAAGCCAAAAGCCAUAAUCGAACGCUAACUAGUAAACUUAACCUUUUUCCUGAACGCGUUUAAUUUCCAAAUUUUGCUGACUAGUUCUGUCCAGCCUUCAUUGUAAUUCUAUGUACUUUUUUUUAAAGAGCUUUCAAAUUUAGCGCUCGUGAGAGUAUGAAAAUUCCUGAUAUCUCUCGGCAUUCUGGGCAAUUGAUGUGAUUGAUGGUCAUUUCACUGGUCUCCAGUCACUUUGUGCCCAGAUCUUUUGUUUCCUGUUCAUAUUUCGUUGUUUUAACAUAACAUUUUAUUAACAAGCCGUUUAACUUCAUUACGGAUUUCUUUCAUUCUCCACAAGUAAAGAGCAGGGUUUAAUGACGAAGACAAAAACGCCAGUACAACUGACAUGUUGAAUACCAGUAAACUAGCGUCAUUGUAUUUGAAAACCAUCAUUUGGGUUAAUUUCUUACCAACUAGGUUUUCUUUUGGGUUUUCUGCUUUGCAAGAUCAUUGGUAGUUCUCGAUGUAUGAGACUAGUCUUCUAUUUUUGUUUGUCAGAUGUCAUUUAUUCUUACGUUUUGAAAUCGAUUGCCUUUGAGGCAAAAAAAUCAAUCAAGACAAAAUACUUUACGUGCAUGACACCUGUUCGUGUGUGUGGUUUGUUUUAGAAAUACUCAAUGCUCAAUGUACCUGAGAGUCUAUUAUUAAUCUAUUUUAAUUAAUGUUCUGAAUGUUCUAAACCAACAUAUAAUCCUUUAUCUGUACCCUCUGAUUACACUGAUUGCAACUAGUGCCAGUGAGGAAAUAAGCUGCGCCAAACUGAUAUAAACAUUUCACCCUGAUACAAUAGCUUUAUAUUGUUCGGUUAGUACUUUUAGAGUAUAAUGACUGAGCGAGUACUUGUUUGAGGGAAAAGUCCUUUCCGUAGCAGUUUUGGCAAGAAUCCCUUCAAUUUUCGUUUUGCCUACAUAACACUGCUUUGAUUAGUCGUGCCACUUCAUUUCGAAUGUCUUUCAUUCUCCAUAAAUAAAGAGCAGGAUUCAACGAGGACGACAUAAAUACCAGCAAAAAUGAGAAGUUUAAUAGUGGCAACGACUCUUUCUCAUAGUUUAGAACUGGGAUUAAUCCAAAACUAAUGGCUAUGGGCAAGUAGCAAAUAAGGAAUAUCGCUAGGAUGUAGAGAAUGGUGAAGACAGAUUUCUUGUACUUGGCCAUGUGCAUUGCUGGUUGAGCAGCAUUUUGGGACAAUUCGCUCAAGUGGAUUUGUUGCUGAUGUGCGCGAAUUAUUUGGAAAACUUUGAAGUAAGCAACUGGGGUUAUAACAAGGCAAAAUAUCAACGAUAUAGAACUUGCAACAUUCACUGCAAUGUUAAAUGGAUUAUUGAGUACACGGCACACUGCAAACGGAAUAGGUAAAAGUAAUAACACCGCAAUGGCGAUAUACGUACGACGCAUUGUGACUAGGGAUCGACGAGACAUGUGUAGCCAUCGCUCAAUUGACAUGACUGUUAUUAUUAACAUUGUGAGGGUACCAAAGUAGGAGCCAAUACCACUACCCAUCAUUCUUAAUGCUAAGUACGUUCGAGGUGAGGAACUCCGAUUGAACGUAUUGAAAUCUUUCCCCACUUUGCUAAAGGCAAUUACAUUUAUUACGUAAAGGGGCUGACUGAUAAGUCCUGUUCCAAAGUCAGUAAAAGCCAAUGCAGCCAGGAGAAUAUACGAGGGUGUUCUGAGAGACGAAUUCUUCAAAAUUGCCGUUAACACCAGAGCAUUUCCGAACACCGCAGCCGGCGACAAAACGACGUUGAUGAUUGAAAUGCAAAGCAAGAAUGGGCCAUAGUGUUCGGUCAUUGUAGCAAAGGUGCAGGAUACUCUGCUAUAUUCUUCCCACUAUGGUGUAACCAGUGAAUUCGCUCAAUGCCGUCAAACAACAAAUAAAUGUAAACUUUGAUUCUACUGAAGGGUUCAGAAGUUGUUCUCCAUCUUGCAUGUUCUCCUUCUUGCAUGAUGCUGGUGAUUCCGAAGUCAUUCAUAUUAUUGUAACCUUGUCUUCUUUCUGCAAACGUCUUUUUUUCGGUAAUUCCCUUCUUUUUAUCGACCAAUCAUUAGCUCCUUUGUUUGAUGUAAAUUCUGUUUCAAGCGAACAACUCCCAACUUAAGAGGUGCUAUCCAAUAUCUUCCAUCCUCAAUAUUAGAAACGUCAUUUUAAUUUAAACUUUUUUUGACUAUUCGCUUUUUUUUAGGAGUGCUUUUUUAUAUUUGUUUUUGUGUUUUUGUUUCGUACUAUGAUCAGGUCGGAACGUAUGCAGAUAGUAAUUAAUUUAAACAGAAGCGAACUGUCACUCGGGUCGACCUUUAAAAAACGAGAAUGAGUGACUUUAAAAAUUAAAACGUUCCGAGAUGUUAGUUAAGGUUGCUGUAAGGACCUUGUAAGUUAUUGUACGUGCUUUUAUUUUUUGCUUUAUCACCAGAGUGAAGUAUUAAGAAAUCUAAAGAAGAGUCUAGAUUGUUUUUGGAAAAAAAGCAUAGUUGAAGUUGUCCUCAGGCUGUGUUAUUUUUUUCUCCGUUGGUUCUUUCUAUAAGGAACAAGAAAAUGUGUUCUUUCAUGGCGCAGUUGCAUUUGAUCUCAGUGGUCAAGGAAACAAUGGGUGACGUGCAGAUGAUAAAUCUGUCGUUGAACAAACAGACCUGAACUUCUUUUGAUCUCUAUGUUCUCUUGUUGUCGGUGAUUUAUUGGUUUUCAUAAAACCUGGAAGUUUAAGUAUUUUAGGAAACAACAAGACUUAAUCAAAAAAAAAGGGGAGACAGUAGUUGUUUACAUUCAGUCUGCAGCACUAUUGUGUGAGGAAAAAGUCGUGGCUCAAAUUUUUCCAAUAACUUAAUUAACGGCUAGAAGCAAAAAUGAUAAAAAUUAGGUGCUCCAAUGAAGAUACUUACAGGCCGUGUCGAGGUGAGUUUUCGAUGUAGUUUCUCAGUGAAAGCGCCAUCGUCAAAAUUGGGGUGACGAUGAAAUAUUAAUGGACUUAAAUAAAUCUUUGUCAGAGAUGAAAAUUUAUUAAGUGACUUUGCUUUUUUGGAAAGUGCAUAUGCUCCAUACAAGAUUUCUGCAAAAUGUACUGUUUUAAUUUAAUAUUCGUUGGGUUUACAAGUAGUCGUACAACUUCAUUUCGGAUAUGUGCAUGUCAUUCUCCACAAAUAAAGACCAGGAUUAAGCGAGGAAGAAAUAAAUAACAAAAUUACUGAGGCAUUGUAUAAUGGCACCACUUCUUUUUUUAUAUAUGAGAACUGGUAUUAAAACCGAGGAAAAAAUGGCCAUGGGCGAGAAGGAAAUAACGAAUAUGGCAACAAUUGAUAGAGAAUGGUGAAGACAGAUUUUUUUCUGUACUUGAACAUGUGGAUUGCUUGUUGAGUAGCGUUUGGGUCCAAUUCGCUCGAGUGGAUUUGUUGCUGAUGUGCGCGAAUUAUUCGAAAAACUUUGAAGUAAGCCACUGAGGUUAUAACAAGGCAAAACAGCAAGUAGAAAGCACUUGUAACAUUCACUGCAAUGUUAAACGGAUAAAGUGCACGGCACACUGCUAGGGGAAUCGGUAGGGGUAAUAACACUCCAACAGCAAUGUAAGCUCGACGCACUGUAACCAGAGAUCGAUAAGACAUGUGUAAACCGUGAGGAUUACAAAAUAGUUACCAAGGCCAUCAACCACUUGUUUUAACAGCCUGACGGUAUUAAAGAAGCAGGUCGAUGAUAAUACAAGUUCCUUAUCGAGAUAUCCACAAAAUCAAGAAAAUAUUGGCAACGAAGAACUUAUGAAACAGAAAGGGAGGUGUGAAAAGUUACAGGCAGCAUUAUGCAACAAAGAUAAAGAAAUUAAUGCGCUGAAAAUGAAAAUUAUGUCUCUUGAGACCCGCGCAUCGUCCGCGGAACAGGAAAACGACUCCCUAAAAUUAGCAUUAAAGCUUAUUAUGCAGGAAAUGAACGUAGGAGAGCGUCAACAACAGAGGAAUCAGAGUUACGAGGUAACUGCCCCUCAAGGAAACUCAAAGAGUGAUAAUGCCCAGUCUAAUGAGAGCUCUAAUCCUGAAAACGAAUGGCAAACCGUUGACGCGAAAAAGAAAAAGAAAAAGAACAAAACACGGAGAAAGAAGAUCAGUGAAGCACAGUCCAACGCCCAUGAUGACACGGAAAAUUCCACGCCAGCAAACGAAAGUACUACCUUGUUGAUUGGAGACUCUAUGAUAAAGAAUAUCCAAGGUACACGUUUAGGAAAAGCCGUUGGUCAUCGGGUGGUGGUUAAAUCGUUCUCCGGUGCCACCACCAAAGCUAUGAAGGAUUACCUUAAACCUAAUUUGGAGCUUUCACCGGACCAAGUAAUUCUGCAUGUGGGCACUAAUGAUCUCAAAAGUAAAGAACCACAACAAGUUGCCGGCUCAGUGGUAGAUCUCGCCAGACAAAUUGAAAACUCAUCCGAUGCCACAGUAAUUAUAUCUGAGCUCGUGCAAAGAAGAGACGGAUUCAAUGAAGCCGUGAAAACAGUUAAUAAACAACUGAAGUUCUACUGCCGGCAGAAUGGAUGGAAAUUUAUCCAGCAUCAAAACAUCUCCGAAAAGGAACUUAACAAGGGCGGACUACAUCUUAAUUUUAAAGGUAAUCAACAGUUUUUUAAGAACUUUCAGAUGAGUUUAGGUUGAAAUGAUGCGCUAUCCACCGAUGCCGUGCCUAUUCAAUGUACAAAACGCAAUACUGAGGAAUCUCAUGAGCCUACCUCAGUGUUGCCAUCUCAACGAGGUUUUAAAUUAGCCUCUUUAAAUAUCAAUAAAUUAAUCACACACAUAGAUCAACUUAGAAUUCUUCUAUCGCAUAACGAAAUAGAUAUUUUAUCGAUUAAUGAAACUAAGCUCAAUGAAACUAUUAGCGACAAUGAGGUCAACAUCUCUGGCUACGAUAUAAUUCGACGUGAUAGAAUUACAAACGGUGGAGGAGGAGUGUGUUUCUAUGUGAAAAGUUCAAUAAAUUUUACCAUACGAAAUGAUUUAAACAUGGACACUCUUGAAAAUCUAUGUCUGGAAAUUCAAAACCUAGAUCUAAACCGUUUGUUGUUGCCACGUGGUAUAGACCACCUGAUUCUCCUAUUGGUAUUUUUUUUCACCUUUCGAAACUUUAAUUGGGAAACUCGAUUCCGAAAAUAUUGAAUAUUUUCUAAUGGGAGACCUUAACUGCGACAUGAUUGCUACUCGAUAUGACAAUAAUACAUGCAAAUUAAUGAAUAUCACUGAUAUUUAUGGUCUACAGCAACUUAUCACUGAACCAACCAGAAUAACUCCGACUUCUGCAACUUUGAUUGAUGUAAUCUAUACUAAUUGUCCAGAUAAAGUUGUGUGUUCGGGGUUCGUCAUAUCAGUAUUAGCGAUCAUAGCAUAGUUUUUGCCUAUCGAAAAUUAUCCGUGAAUGGAAUGUCUGGUGGGCACAAUGCUAUAACCUACAGAAACUUUCGAAAAUUUAAUCGAAUAAAUUUUCGGAAUGAUAUUGCAUCUCAUUGUUGGGAUCACAUAGACAAUUCAACUGAUCCCAAUCAAAUGUGGCUACAAUGGAAAUGCUCGUUUCUAUCUAUUGUUAACAAGCAUGCUCCCUUGAGGACAAUGCGUGUUCGCACGCGUAGUUCCCCAUGGAUUACAUCUGAGCUUAAGAAACGAAUGCAUGAUCGGGAUAUUCUAAAGAUUAAAGCAAGUAAAUCGAAUGAUUCAAAUGACUGGUCACUUUUUAAAAAACAACGCAAUAAAGUAAAUAGCGAAAUCAGAUUAGCCAAGCAAGCCUAUUAUCAAAAUAGUUUUAACAAGCAUACGGGCGAUUCUAAAAAGACCUGGCAGACUAUCAAUGAACUUACUUCGCGAAAAUCUGGGAAAAAAAUCGGUGACAUCUCUGAAAGUAAAUGGAGUAUCAAUAACAAAUCCAACUGUGCUGUCGAACCAAUUUAAUAAUCACUUUGCUACUAUCGGUCCAGAACUUGCUAGCAAUAUUGAUUCCUCAAAUAGUGAUGGUUAUCAAAAGUACCUCACUGGCACAGAUAAACGGUUUCAGCUCCAUCCGACCAGUACAAAUAAAGUUCUCUCACUUUUGAAUCGUCUAAACAAGUCAAAGGCAGCUGGCCUUGACAAGAUAUCUGCUAGGCUCAUUCGGGAAUGUGCAGAUCUCAUUUGCAUUCCUAUCCGUGAUAUUUUUAACCAGUCAAUAAGUCAAGGCAUAUUUCCGGAUGACUGGAAAUGCGCAAAGGUCACCCCACUUUUUAAACAAGGCGAUCGGGACGACUUAAACAAUUAUCGUCCAAUUUCGGUGAUCUCAGUUAUGGCCAAGGUCUUUGAAAGAAUCGUCUAUGAUCAAUUAUAUGCCUACCUAGAAGAGCACAAUAUAAUCUGUAAAUAUCAAUCAGGCUUUCGCGCUAUUCACUCAACUGUUACGGCUCUCCUUGAGGCCACGGACACUUGGCGUACAAUAUUGACCGCGGUAAAAUCAACGCCGUUGUUUUCUUAGAUCUCAAAAAAGGCCUUCGACACAGUUGACCAUGAGAUCCUUUUAUCAAAAUUAAGCAAUUACGGCAUAUAUGGUAACGCGCACCAAUGGUUUAAGUCGUAUUUAGAGAAUCGUACUCAAAUGUGCUCCAUCAACGGAUCGCUCUCUCAAAGCUGUUUAAUAAGUUGUGGUGUACCCCAGGGGACGAUUUUAGGUCCAUUAUUAUUUCUGUUAUACAUCAACGAUCUUCCAAACUGUCUUUCAAACUGUGAGCCGAGGAUGUACGCUGAUGACACCCACCUUACGUACGCAGGUGAUAAUGCAGACAAUAUUCAGUUGCAUCUAAAUCAAGAUUUAGAAAAUGUUCACAAUUGGCUGAGAGCAAACAAACUUACUCUAAAUAUGACUAAAACCGAAUUUAUGCUUAUCGGAUCUAGGCAGAGGCUAAGUACUCUCACAGAGUCCCCGACAUUUGCAAUUAAUGAUUUUGAAGUUAGCCAGGUCACUACUGCAAAAUCACUUGGAGUGACCAUCGAUGACAGACUUGAUUGGAGUGGCCAUAUCGAGAAAGUAACAAAGAAAGUCGCUUCUGGUAUUGGGGCCAUAAAACGAAUAAGGCACCUUGUCCCUCAGGCGACCUUACAACUAAUAUAUCAAGCUUUAAUACAGCCACACUUUGAUUAUUGCAACAUUGUUUGGGGAAACUGUGGGAUAACCUUACGGAAUAAGGUUCAAAAGCUACAAAACAGAGCAGCCCGUGUUUUGACCUACUCAAGCUAUGACGUAGAUGCUGGUCACCUUUUCAAACUUCUAGGGUGGAAAAACCUAGCUUGCCAGCAACAAUUUCAAAGAGCUACGAUGGUUUACAGGUCUCUGCACGGGUUGGCUCCAAACUAUCUUAGUUCUAAAUUUGAAAGGCGAGAAGUCGCAUAUAACCUAAGGGACUCUGAAAAUAAACUCAAUAUUCCAUUACCGCGCACAAACUAUUACAAAAACAGCUUCAGCUAUAGUGGCGCCAUUCUCUGGAACAGUCUUCCUUGUAACUUAAGGGAAGCAGAGUCCCUUGGGCAAUUUAAACGAUUACUCAAAGAACUGUAAGGCACGGCAUUCGUGGAAAGCAGCUUUUUUAUUUAAAUAUUUUUAUUAUAUUAGUAUUAGGCAUUUUUAAAGCUGACGAAUUUUGUACCGUGAAUAAAUAAAGAUUAUCUUAAUAUUGAAUACAUUCGAGGCCAGGUCGUUAUCUCGAUCAAUUUAAAAUCAUCUUCCUCAAUGCGGAAGUUAAGUACAACGUAAAAGGGCUGAGUUAUAAUCCCAGUUUCAGUCAGUAAAAGCCAUUGUAGCCAAGAGUAUGUUAGUGGGUGUUCUGAGAGAUGGAUUCCUCAAAAUUGCCGUCAAAACAAGCGCAUUUCCGACCACUGCAACUGGGGUUAAGAAGGCAGCAAUGAUUGAAGUACAAAUUAAAAAUGUGUCAUACUUUUCUGUAAUUUCAGCAGCGGUGUAGGACAUUAUGUUAUCUUCUUUCGCACUUCGGUUAUUUAAGUUUCCGCUGAGUUCGCUUUAACAAAAAAAGAGAAAUUUUCUCAUCAAAGAUUCGAAUUCAUGCUUAUUUGUGCAAAAGGUCACCAUGAUGUUGAAUAUGAUAGCGAAGAUACUAAAUGUUACGUUGUGCUGUUUUCUACGUCGUCUGUUCUCUCUCCUUUUUUCUGUUCAUUUUUUAACUAACUGACUUCAUACUGACACCUUGUUUUGAUACAAAUUCUGUUUAGUUUAAAGCAAACACUGCGACGCCUUAGCAAAAACGAUCAAUAGUUUCCCAUGAUAUAUUUGAGUUCUAUUCAGACCGGCUUUCGAUCAAUUUCCCCGUCGGCACGCCUGCUGUCGUGGGAGUGCUUUCUUCUUCGCAGUAUUUGCGAGGCUUAGCCGCCGGUGAUUUUAGAUCGGUAGAUCCUUGUCUAGACACGUUUUGAAAAAAAUAUAACGCGUUGGGACAAUUGUACCAGGUGCAAAGUUUGACCAAUAAUAUUAUAAGGCAGUUUUGGUAUGAGUUCAAAAGAUGAAACUCUCGCUUUUUUCGUCCUUCUACACCUCUCUCUUGAAACCUGCAAAGCUAAAGAAAAGUCUUUCCCACUACCUUCUUCCACCACCGAUCGCGACCCACAGGUUCUCGACGUUAACAAUCAAUUUUGAACAACGGUUUCAGUUUUCAUUUAGUGGGUGCGUCUUCUGCGGUCAAUUUUGCAAAUCUGAAUCAUUUGUAAUCUAUAUUGAAAUGUCUCUUUCCCUCUAGUUUUCCGUUUAUUUUAGUUUACCAGAGCUCGCGUCGGGGGUCGCCUAUUCGGUGUGUAACGUGCCUCGUCACAAAUUUCGUAUUGGCAUUCACCGCCACUACUGGAGAAGCGAUUUUUCUCGGCAUUAUAAGUAGCCUACAUUAUUGCCUCAUCUAAAUAAUAAGAGAAAAGAUAGCGUUGGGUGUGUAAUUAAAAACUUCUUGGUAGGUUUUUGACAUUCAAUUAUACGUACCAAUGGGUAAUUACUGAAUAAGGCUGAGCAUGAUAUGCAGAUUUAUGUAGAUCGAGGAACUUAGCUUUGUAAAACUCUCCAACUGAGUGAGCUUAUUUUUCUGUUUCACUUAAUUUGAUGGCAGUUCUCACUGUUUGAAUUCACAUGACACAGGCUCCCUUACUGUACAUGAAUGUGAAAUUCUGUUUGUCACUUUGCUUGUGUAUUGCGACCUUCUACUGUUCCUACUAGUGUCCUCAGCCGAUUAAGGUUCAGUUUAAGAGGCUGGGUCAUGCGUCCGAUUCAACAGGACGAAUCCAAAAGCCAUACUGGAACGGUAACUAGUAAACUUAACCUUUUUCCUGAAGACGUUAAAUUUCCAAAUAUUGCUGACUUAAGUUCUGUCAACUUUAGCGCGCGUGAGAGCCGGAAAAUUGCCUGAUGUGUCGCGGCAUUCUGAGCGAUGUGUUGAUGUGGUUGAUCGAUGGUCAUUUCACUGGCACUUUGUGCCUGGAUCUUUUGUUUCCUGUUUAUAUUUCCUUGUUUUAACAUAAUAUUUUAUUAACAAGCCGUUUAACUUCAUCACGGAUUUCUUUCAUUCUCCACAAGUAAAGAGCAGGGUUUAAUGAAGAAGACAAAAAUGCCAGUACAGCUGACAUGUUGAAUACCAGUAAACUAACGUAAUUGUAUUUGAAAACCAUCAUUAGCCCCAUGGAAAUGGUGACAGAAAAGUAACCAGUAUAGAAAAUAGCAAGAAUAUAGAGUAUAGUUUUUACAGAUUUCUUGUACUUGGCAAUGUUAAUUAUUUGUUGAGCAGCUCCUCGAGAUAUUUCGCUGGCGUGAAUUUGUUGCUGAUGUUCGCGAAUUAUUCGAAAAACUUUGAAGUAAGCAACUGAGGUUACAGUCAGGCAAAAGAGCAAUGAUAACAUAGUUGUAAUGGUUACUGCAAUGAUAUACUGGUAUCGUACCUGAUAAACCACUAGUGGAAUAGGUGUGGGUAGCAACACUAUAAUUGCCCUGCAGACACGACGCAUUGUAACUAAAGACCGACGAGACAUGUGCAGCCAUCGUUCAAUGGACAUGACUGUUAUUGUCAGAAUACUUAGUAAGAAAAAGUAGGCACAUAAGCCAUCACCAAUUAUUUUCAAAACUAAAUACUCCGUGGGCCAAGUGCUCUUAUCCAAGGGGACAACGUUGAACACCAUCCCCAUAUGUACAUUUAUAACAUAAAAAGGCUGACUGAUAAGUCCCGUUCCAAAGUCAGUGAAAGCCAAUCCCGCCAGGAGAAUGUUAGAUGGUGUUUUGAGAGAAGGUUUUCUCAAGAUUGCAGUCAAAACCAAGGCAUUUCCCACCACUGCAAUCGGCGAAAAAAGGCCAACGACAGCAGAAGUGCACAUUAAAAAUGCAUUAACCGCGGUAGCCAUUCUCUGGCGUCUUGUAAAUUUUCCUCUUAUAACUGUUCAAAAAAUCCUUAAAAGUUGGUCAAUGAAAUUUACGAGAAGUCGCUACAUCUAAGGCAAAGGUUUUGUAUGGUGCUCAGUGAACUUACUGAUCAGUUUAUGUCGCUGUACAUUUUUUGCAGUUGCCUUCGUGAUGAAAUGUGGAUGUAAAAAUGACAUCGUAUUGACGUGAACUGAAAGCUGUUAUAAGAUUGACGAGCUUUCUCCCGCGGUGAUCAUGACUGAUGCAAUGUUGUGUUAAACAAAUAAAUGUUCUCUCUACAAAUAUAUUCCAUAAUCAACUUCCAUUUCAUUUAAAUUGCUCCCUUUUUUUACGUUGAAUUUUGUAUGUUCUGUGUCACGGCUCAGUUUCUUGACGUUGCUUCCAUUCGGUUUUAAGUGGAUUAAUUUCAGUUCAGGGCGUUUAUGGCUUGCGCAUCCAAGGUUUUUUUAAUUAUUCUUAUUUUCCAUGGUUUCUGAUCGUUAUCACUAUUAUUAACAGUAAACAGCAAAAUUUUUUUCAUUAAGUGAGUUUAAUUAAGACUUAUUGACAAAAAACUCAAAAAGUAAUGAAUAGGAGCCACCUGGUCUAAACAAAACGAAAUUUAAGAGUGACUGACCUAGAUCAGAUAGUAUAUUCUGAUAAAAAUAGCGGGCAAAAAUGAUUAAAACCCACUUAUUAAAUGUUUGUUGGUAAGGUUUAUUAAUAGGCGCUUGGCUGUCUGCACUUUAGUUCAACAGUGUGCGUUUAUUGACAGACAGCAUAAAAAGUACGAAACAAGAAAAUAAACUGUUUUUCGCUGUAAGACUGUAAAAACACGCAAAGUGAGGAUAAACAUAACAAACCACUGUGAUCAUAAAAUGCAGGCCCCUUAGAUCAACUCUGUUAUUGUUUCCUAUCCUUCUAUGAAUCAAGAUUCGAUUCAUGUUGAAAAAGGCCGCCUUGAAUAUGACAAACUGGAUGAUACGUAUUCUUACAAUACUCGCCGGAGAUUACUUCCCUCCAAUUAGCGGAAUGUUAUAGUUUAUGCUAACUACCUUUUGACAAACCAGUCGGCUGCUGCUGUUUCCCAUCCUCAAAAACCCUCUAACUGCUUCCCUAUUAAUUAUUAACGACGUUUUUAUCCGUAAGUUAAAUUGCUUUCUCCUUGUGACCGUGUUUGUUCUGAAUGCCCCCAAAACUUUUGACCUCGGCUGAAACUAGCUAUUCUGUCAUAUAUUGUUCAUAUAUUUUUUGGUGAGGUUGACUUUUAUGUACACGUAUACUAAUUAUAUACAGUACCGCUAACACUUUUUAUCACAUCAUUUAAAGUUUUAAUCUAAUUUCUUACCAACUAGCUUUUCUUUUGGGUUUUAUGCUUUGCAAGAUCAUUCAUAGUUCUCGAUGUUUGAGACUAGUCUUCUGUUAUUGUUUGUCAGAUGUAAUUUAUUCAUACGUUUUGGAAUCGAUUGCCUUUGAGGCAAAAAAUUAAUCAAGAUAAAAUACUUUACGUGCAUGACACCUGUUCGUGUUUGUGGUUUGUUUUAGAAAUACUGAUCACGAUCAAUGUUCGUAUUGUUUUCAUCCAUCAUAUUCAUCGAAUCUAGAUCUACUCGUUCCUUCAUUUCACUUUGUACUAUCUUUUGAAACUGUUGCUAGGAAAGAGUCGUGAUCCCGUAGUUGUGUUUCGCAAAAUUUAACCAACGUUAGGAUUCGAAAGGCAAAUUAUGUUUCGGUGUUUUGUUAUUCUGUUGAAACUUUAAGUCUCUUUCAGUGUUAACGGAUAUUCAUAAAUCAUUAAAUCUUAAGGUGGUGCAAUAACAGAGGAUGUUGAUAUGGACCUGUAUGCCUUCCCAUCAUUCCAUGUGAGAGAGCCCCACAAGUCUUCAGUGCCCGCAGUUGCUUUUACCUUGAGCUUGCAUAAUAAAGUGGAUAAACCUCUGGAUGUGUCUUUUAUGUUUAAUUUACCCCUUGGACAACAGGAGGAUACCAUUAGAGUUGGAGACAACUUUGGUGAAGUUGUGUUUACUAGGUGAGUGGAAACGAAAGAAAUUCCGCCUUUUGUAAAGGCAGAUUGGGGUAUUUGAAACUAUUUGUAUUGUCUUCCUAGAUGACAGGGGCGUUUAGAAUGACGAAUUGUAUGAAGCCAAGUAAACCGUGAGCAAAACAAGGCUGAUAUUAAUUAAUAGACCGUUACUGAGGCAGAACUAUUGUCUCUUUGUUUAUUUUUGUUUUGCUUACAUGAGUUGUGUAUGUUUUUGCUAUUGUUAUCGUGCUUUUUUGUUGGAAAGGAGAAAGAUUUGGAUUGUGACAGAAAAUGCAAUCGCAGCGAGCCAGAAACAACUUUUGAGUAUUGAGAAUCUUGUCCUUUUUCUUAAGUCGAAAACUCAAAUCAAUGUUCUUUGAAUUUUAGACUAUGGCAAUAAAACUGAGAUGGAACUUCGUUUGCACUUCUUAUUUCAGAUUGAUAAAGCCCUCAGACUGUGCGCAUGCGUGCUCAAAGAUGCCCAAAUGCAUGUCAUGGACGACCAAUGGGCCUAACUCUUGUCUUUUGAAGGAUAAAAUGCCGCUCCAUGCCUGGGCCACUGGGAUUGUCUCCGGUCUCAAGGGAAAGUGGACAGUCGAAAAGUCCAUGUUAACCUGCCACAGACCUGGAUUUUUUCCUCAGAGUGGCAGUACAACUUUGUACUCGGUGGAUGAUGAAGAUAUUAUUGGCUCGUUUGCUGUCGCGGACGAUUUUGCUGAUAUCUGGAAGAACUUUUCCGAGACUGGCAAGUAUUACGUUUAAAGCGUAGGUGGUGAUUUUAAUAUUAUAGUUAUUAAGAAUAGACAAUUAAAAUUACAAUUAAUUAAAACUUAUAUGGCGCAACUGUACAUGGCAUAUGAUCAAGUGCGCUUUACAAUAAGUUAAGAAGACUAAAAAUGAACAAAAUUUACAAUCAGGUAAAUAGAUUCGUAAUAAAAAUUUAUAAGCAGGUAAAAGGUUAAAAGGUUAAAAAAUGCAAUAAAAUAAUAAUAACACAUAAAUAAUAAAAUAAACGAAAUAAAGACUCUACUACAAAUUAAAAGUUUGUUGAAAAAGAUAUGUUUUAACAUGGCAUUUAAAAUUUGACAGAGUUGAUUGACACUCAAGUUUUGCUCCUUUUCUUUCGGUUCUUCUUCUCCUCCUCUCCUCGUCCUACACUUCGUCAUCAUCAUCGUCAUGAUCAUCAUCAUUAUAUAUCAAGUUAAGGUAACAGUAGGCAUAUUUUAAUUUAAUGCUGUACUUUUUCUGUGUUUUUGGUUUAAGCCUUUUCCCUUUUUUUGUAGGUGAAAUUGGUGUUUCCAAAUGGCUCAAUAAAACAGGUAUAUAUGGUGCGGCAUCUGCAAAAACAGUUCUGCAACCAGGCGAGAAAAAGUCUCUUACGAUUAUUCUUUCGUGGUACUAUCCACACCGAGACUUAUCAAAAGUUCACGUUGGGAAUCUUUACUCACUGCUAUUUAAAUCCAGUCAGGAUGUCGCAAAACACAUGUACCAAGAUAUGCUCCAAUCAGUGAUAGAUAUCCAAUCAUGGCACAAGCCAAUCUUUGGAACAAAGCCCGCUAAAAAGAAACCAAUCAACAAGAUGGUAAAAGAUAUCCCAGGGACAUCGGAAAACAGCGUACACGAGCUACCGGAUUGGCUGAAGGAUAUGCUUGUUAAUAGCUUGAGUUUCUGGAGAUCUGGUUUCUGGACUGAGGAUGGAAGAUGGCGGCAGUGGGAAGCAUUUGACUGUAAUGAUAUUGACACCAUUCAGAAUGACAUGCAGCGGAUUAUUCCAUAUACGCUGUUUUUCCCAGGUAUGUAAAAAGAGGCUUUGCAAACCAUUAUACACACUGAAAUACCAAAUCCACUAAAACUGUGCUGAACUUUUAGGGCAUUUCUGAAAAAGUUUUCUAAAGAGCCCUUUACUAUUUUAGAACUUUGUUUUGUUUCUUUUUAAAAAAUAUGUGGAAUGAACAGUUUCAGGUUAAUCUUGAUUAGUUACUAGUAACAAACAAAUUUUGCCCCUCUGACUGUACUUAAAAAUUUACUCUCUUUGAUUGUUAGUGUAUUUAUCACGAAAGUACUAAUUGAGGACACUAUUUUUUCUUCUCCUACUGGAGACGGGACAGUCAUUUUACGUAGUCAUCCGAGGCACUCGAAGGUCUAGCCGCUUGCAAGGCAAAGGAAAUACCUUUAUUUUUCAGUUUAUUGUAAGUCAUUUUAUCCUGAGUAUUAGUCUGGCCCCAGGAAUCAAACUCCCGACCUCCCGCUCUACAGUCAAGCGCUUUACCGACUGAGCUAAUCCUUCCGCGGUUUUCGAAUGUCUUAAUGAUUUCCCUAUUUUGGGGGUGGAGAUUUUAAAAUUUAUGCUGCUAUUUCGAUGUAAAGAUUAAAAUUAAUGCUCCCGCUGCUACGACUUUUUCGCUCUCUUUACCAGAUCUGGUGAAAGAUCUGUUGCUGUCCUGGGCUGAUAAUCAAUAUUCUAGUGGUAUGCUACAAGAAGCGCUGACGUCUGGCUGUCUCGGACCAACAGGAAAGCUGGGUAACUUCUUAGUUUUUUUUUUUUUCAUAAAUUAUGUUAUUUUGUAAAAAAGUAGUGUAGAUGGGUAGCUGUAAUUCUUUCUCAUGCAUUGUGGUUUUUACUUUUAAGUAAUCAAUUAACGUUUCUGUCCAAUCACUUUGCCCCCCAUUUUGUUGUUCAGUUAUCUUUGAUUUUACGACCAAGAUGGAACGUAGCCUGCUGGGAGCAGACGCUUUUUUCGGCUCUUGUUUCACGCAGCUAUUUUCUCGGCGGGUGAAACAAGAGCCGAAAAGAGUGAAAGCAGCCCAGAUGGAACGUUUUGGACUGUUGAUUUUUUAGCCCGCGAGCAAGCUCUCCGGGGCGCUCUGGCGGCGGGACGGGAAAAGGAAGGUAGAGUUCGCAACUACGUCUCUGGAAUUUGAAUUCCGCCCUCAAUUUCCCUGUUGCUCCUCGUCGACUGAGCUGUCAGAUUUCCGCCAAUCAGCGCGAAGCGGAAACGGGUGCGAAUGUAAACAAACAUUGAAAAACACGUGAAACACGCACCACGGGUAAUGACGUCAUUUUUAAUGUCAUCUCCGCCAAUCAGCAUUUCGAAUCGACUUUUUCGAUGCAGAUAUUCAAAUUCCAGAGAUGUAGUUGCAAGCUCUCCUUCCUUUUCCAGCCCCGCCGCCAGAGUGUCCCGCAGAGCUUGCGCGCAGAUAUUGAUUUUUGUGAAGAGAAUAAAAUUUGUUUGUUGCGGCUGUAAUCAAGUUGUUAACGAGGGAGGUCGUAAAAAUAAGGUUUCUGAUGAGAAAUAGCCUAUAAAUUUUUUUACGUUUUGGCUGAAGGAAUGUGGUCAUGUUAACGGGUUUGUGGUCUGUCGGGGCUUUUUACAUUCUCUGGUGUUUUUGCUUGACAGCAACGAUUCUACUUUGUUUUAUUUUUCCUUUUUCGGUAGAUUAUGCGGGCGGUCGGGUGAUGGCAGACACUACAUCCAUGUUUGUGGUAGGACUUUAUCACUAUUAUAAGUGGACUGGUGACCAGGAUACAAUCAAUCGACUCUGGCCGGCUGCAAAACGAGCGAUGGCCUGGGUUAUGGUGGAUUCUACUAAAGGUUUAUUUUGCUUUACAUUUCGUUCUAACGUAUUUUAUUUCUGUUUUGGUCUUGUAUUGUAUUCGUAAGCUCGUUGUAUUGAGCCAAAGCUGCAUGAUUAUAAUCCGAAAAAGCAAAGUGCUAUUAGGGUAGUAAUCAUAGAUAGGAAUUUGAUCAUGGGCUCGUCUGACUGCAUGUGCCAUGCACCGAGGUACCGUAAAAUUUGGAAGUUCAGGCCUUUUUCCCAAGAUUAAGCCUCCCCAUAGGCAAAAUCUGAUCCUCUGAGAGCAGCUUACUCCAUAUUUUGACUAAACCUUUGGACUUAACAAAUCAAUGUUGGGAGGAACAAAAUUACCUCUCGAAAGUGAAUUUGUUAUCCGUACCAAAUUUUUCUUAUUUCCUAGCCCCUGAAAUGGGCGUGCGAGCCAAAUUACCGUGAUCUCAGUUUUGCGUCUUAUCCCAGAAAAAGGCCUUUUGUUUCCUCUGGGUAACCGACUACAAUGAUACAAUGUGUUGCACAACAUCUACAAAUAGCCAACAAGUCCAUAAAUGGUAAUAUCAAUACAAGCGAAUUUUUUUUCUCGGAAUGGCACCUGUUAUGACCGUCGUGAAAUGUUUAACUCGAAUGCUACACGAUGUACAUACAAUUGCGAGGGUUUUUCACUGUUAUCUUACCGUACUGUUACAAAUAUAGGCACUGAUCUCCCCUUCAGAAAAGUCAGUACUUAUGAUAUAGUUGCACUGGACAAGUAUGAUCACGAUGUCUACAACACCUUUGUGUACCUUCUGUCUCUCCGUGUCGCAGAGGAACUGGGCGACAUAAUGAACGAUACGCAUUUCGUGACGGACGUUCGGCAGUCCUUCAGUCAUGCGCAAAAACGGGUGGAUCUAGAACUUUGGGACAACAAUAAACAGUUUUACCGCGCUUGGUGGGAUAUGGAAUACGGUUCACCUGAAUGGAUAAUGUCCGAUUCAUUAUAUGGUCAGGUCUGGGCUUAUAGCCUCGGUCUGGGUGAUUUGGUGCCGCGUAAUAAAUUGAAGUCGCAUUUGCUGAGCGAGAUCGAACGAAAUGAUUCUCCCUUUGGGCUAAAAGUACUAAACACAGGAGAGGCUGAGAUGACUCUGGAGGAUACGUCAAUCAUCCUAAGCAAGCACAUCCCUGGAUGUAAAUCGCUUGAGAAUAUAACGAAGCAUAACUCUAUUUGGAUGGGAGCGGAUGCUGAUUGGACGUCGCUUAUGCUCAAUUUAGGUAAGUAUCGCUAGAAAAUAAUUGAAUUCCAGUGCAAUUAUAAAAGAUGUAACUUUCCACCCUUAACUGAUCGUGAACAAAUUAGCGGUAACUGGCAUUUUUCUAACCGUGCGAAGUCAUCUACACGUAUGUAUAAAGAAGGUGAUCCUCGAUGGAGCAACCGCACCCCGUAUUUUUCACCUGACCAAUAUGUCUCUACGUAGUCAUUUAUUGUGUUAGUGUACAAUUUCGCAAAUUUGUUAAUACUUUAUGAUUGUUAAUGAUGGACCCAGCUGUCGGUUAAUCAGAGUUAGGACUAACGAACGCCUCAGAACGCCUCAAAGACAGUAAAGCGAUAAUAUUGACGCAAAUAAUUGCAGUUUUCCUUUUGAAAUCGUCUAAACAUUGCUACCCUCGCGGCAAAGGUGAUUUCUAACUUCAAAGAUAUCCCCAAACAAGAUAGAUCUCAAUAUAUAAGAAUAGACCUAUUUCGUUGUAUGUUUUGUUAUCCCAAUGUGAUCAUGUGAUAAUACUUUGUGAACUAUUUCAGUCUUCAAAAUUUUGUCUUUCGCGUGCAUAUGUACGAAUAAUUUAUGACGAAAAAGGCCAAAUUCCCCGAGACUUCCAUUGGAAAAACAAAAUAUACAAGCUUAAGAGGUCCAAUAAUGUGAAGGUCUUCUUACUCCUAUUCAUUUCAUCAUACAGAGGCAGACCCUAUAUUAGCUCUAAACCGAGCCAGGAAAUCACUCGACCACUGGAGAUCCACGUUGAACGACCAAUGGAACAUACAUGGUCUUGUUGCCUCUAACGGUUAUGGUCUAGACGGACUACCGUGGGCCACGUCACACUAUUCAUUUCACCUUGUACUCUGGCAUAUCCCGCUCGCGUUGUCAGGGCAACGGUACUUUGCCCAUAAUGCGUCACUGACUUUCUGGCCCAAGUAUCCAAUUCCGUUCAAUUUGCCAUUCUUUACACCAAAAGCUAUGGGGACAAUUCAAGGAGCUUACAUUAAGGGACGUGAUAGGGAAGAAGAUGUCGAAGAAGAAGAAGAAGAAAUGUUUACGUUCGUUGUUGACACUGGUGAGGAUUUUUUGUCUUGAUGUUGUUUCGUUUUUUGGGGUAUUCAGAUUUGGGGGAAAAAGAAAACUGUUCAUACUCUCUUAAAACUUUACUUUGUUUAGUUAGAUACAGUUCAUAAAUGAGCUACUUUUUCUUUUUUUUUUUUUUUGUUUCGCUAAGAGUAAAUUUAACAUUAUUUUGAGAAAAUUAUAAUACUUCGGAUUAAAUUAUAACAAUUUUAUAUUUCUUUGUCCCUAUUCUUUACUCAAAAACACUUCUCCAUGUUAAAACUUUGUACAUGUAAAAAUUGAUUUAUGAUUUGCGCAUUAGAUCAUAUAUUAGAAUGCUAUUUUGCGCCUAAUGAAUAAUAAAAUGUUAUUAUUAUUAUUAUUAUUAUUAUUAUUAUUAUUAUUAUUAUUAUUAUUAUUAUUAUUAUUAUUAUUAUUAUUAUUAUUAUUAUUAUUAUGAAAUAAAACCGGGUUGUGGUGCCAAGUUGACUACAUACGAUCACGUAUGUGACGUUUCAAAGGUGCCUUGUUAUCGGUUGCUUAUGACAGACAAAAUAAAAUUAUUGAGCGCAUGAUGACUUCAUGCCUGACUAUGAAGACACCAUUUGCACGUUGUUAGUCAGUGUGUUAGUUUGAAUUAUUAUAUAAGCUGUAUUUUGAGAUAUUGCUAUUCUAAACUAACCCUUAAGCGGUUUUGAGGUUAUGAGUUGCCUGAUCAUAAUGUUCCCCAGUUCCCAUAAUGAUUAUAAACGUCCGUCCUAAAUUGGAUAAAAUCUAAAUUAUAUCACGCACAAAUGUAUUAAUUUUAUUUGCUCAUUGUAAAUACUAAUUGUACUGAAUGCACUUUAUUUCCAAGGUGAGCUAAGUCUUAAGACACUAGCUAUUCUAGGAAGCAAGUACGGAAAAGGGGAGAUUACACUCAAGAAAGGAGAGUCGGUAACCUGGUCUCGCCCAAAACAAGACGUGGAAAAUAUUCUGCAACAGCUAUAAAAACAGACUUAUCAUUCGAUACUUUGGCAGCAGAUGCCUCCAGGAUGGUUUACAGUUGAACGGCCUAGCGUGUACAGGACCAAAGAAGUAGCCUGCAUGACAGGCGUUUCGCCUCCAUGCACGCUACCAAAGAUUUUUUUACUAGCUGAAUUUCAUGAAAUGCUAGCCCAGGCUGAAAUCUUAAGACUUCUACUGUUUCCAACUUUUACAGAUAGUAACCUUAACCAGAGGUGCUUAGUGAGACUGAAACAACGGAAAUUACGUUCAGGGUCCGAAAGAUAUUUAUUUCUUAUUAGCAUUGGGUUUGGUUUCAGAAAGGGAAAUUAUAAAGUGUUUGUAUUUUUUUUAAUUUCCAUAUCACGAAGCAUGGGAGGAAAGUUUUAAAAAAAUGAUUUGAGCGAUAGUUUUCCUGUUUUACUCAAUUUGG